AUGAAACACGCAAGGAUACGAAAUGUGAGAUUUCAAAGGUUUUUUAUUUUGCGCAGGCAUUACGCGGGGUUUGCUUCAUCGGUUGCGCCGCGGCAGCCCAUCGAUGAUUUCCUGACUGCUGGCAUCUUUGACUUUUCGAGUGGGAAUCUACUUAGCAAAGACUUCACUGCUACCAGGAGGUGGAGUGAUCUUGUCCGGAAUUACUCGCGGGCAAUGCAAGACGACAAGAACGAUUUGGCAUUCUCGGUCUUGGAAAGCAUGGCCGAGCUUGCCAAGGAACCACUGCGAACGCAGGAGCCGCAAGCUCAGCAGUACGUCAAGUGUUUCGAAAUCUGGCUCAAGCUGUUUAUGAGUCCAAACUCACUGGCAAGGAUCAACGAGUUGAGAGCUGCUGUGGACAACUACGACAGUGUAGUGGAGGCCAGAGGGGUACUUAACGGGUCUGGAAUCCGCAUGGGGACCCGGGGGAUGGGGACCCGGUCUCAGUCAGGGAAGAGCGAGAUGGCCAGCGAGAUUGCCAAAGCCGCGUUGCACUCGUAUUAUUUGACGAGAAAGCAUAGGCCAAGCCUGAUCCAUACCUUUCCCGUCAAGGAGUUUUUCACGCAGGUGGUGAACAAGUAUGAGGUGGAUAUAUCGAGUUUGAGGAAAGAGCUCGCGCAUGAGCAACACGAGUACUUGUCGGCUCUUGAAGAACUCGUGCAGCUUCCCGAGGACUCAGGUGCGGAUUUAGCCCUACCUGAUGCCGAAUUGACCAACGACAUUCCCAUCGAACCGUACACUGAAAAAUGCGGCGACCUCCAGUUUGAGAGAGCAUGUAGUUACAUUGUUGAUCACAAGUUUCGAUGGAAGGGGCAGCGGAUUGCAGGGCCCAUAUUCGAGUACUAUGAUACUUUGGAGAGUGGCGAAAAGGAAGCAUUCAUGAGGGAGUAUCUAGAAUUCAACGCGGUGAAACAGGCCAACUUGGAAAAGUAUUCCCAUCGGUUGAUAAAAAGCUCACUUGACUCGGGUGAGACCAGCACGAAGAUGAAGUUCUCCCCCAAGCUCCAGCAGUUGCUUGACGAGUGGGUGGAAUCAACGACACGGAGCUUGGAGAAAAAGCUAGCUUUUACCAAGCCAGUUUCUGAAGAGGAAGCAAUCCUCCACAGGCUGAAGCCGUUCUUGGGACUAUUUCCCCUCAAAGAUAUGGUGAGCCAUCUUAUCCACGCUUUGGUUGGGAAACUCGAUGAGAGAAACUUGCCACUAAACUCGUUUCUACAGCACUGGCGGUUUCUGUAUGUGCGCCAAGUCUCGAUUCUGAUGAAGUCGUUGGACUACAAACAGCAAUUGUUCCAGCUUAUGCUGGAAAAGUCAAUUGAUGAGUUUUCCCAUCUGCUAAUCGCAGCAGUCUUGAACUCCUCUUAUUUCCAGUUAACCAAAUUUGAAAUCAACAUGAUUGCUGAAGAAUCGAACCCGGCGGAUUUGGAGCCGUUCCUUGACCCUGAUGUUAAUGUUAAUAAUGAUGAUGAUAACGAUAAUCAUAAUCAAAAUGCUAAUGAUAAUUAUGGUGGCGGGCUUUGCUACGCCUUUCGAAAUCUUGUCAAACAGGAAGGAGUGAAGCUGAAACGAUACCUCGUUGCUCAUCCUGCAAUCUUGAAACUUUUGAAAACGGCAUCGUACUACGGCGAAUUGAGUUACUUGCCGUCGCUCUGUACGCCGAAGCCAUGGAGAGGGCCAAGUUCAGGUGGAUAUUUGCACUCGCAUGUCGAUUUCGUCACUGGGUUUGAUAGGCUCCAGCGCCAGUUGCUUCACAAGGCUCACUCGCAGGGCAAGCUAGACCGCGCAUUCACCUGUCUUGACCAGAUGGGGCAAACCGCAUGGGUCAUAAACCAGGACAUGCUCAGGGUAUUCAACCGGCUCAUGGAGUUGCCGAAUGGGUUUCUUGAGAUCCCGCCUCGCUUGGACCAACUUCCCCAGGGGGCCAAAUUCAGCCAGGAGGCGCUCGAUGCGAGAAAUUUGAGAAAAUUGUACGAGGCGAGAAGGCAAAUAGCUAAUGCCUAUGGUGCCAAUGGCGACGUGCUAUACCACUGCUACAUGUUUGAUUUCCGGGGCCGAGCGUACGCCUUGUCGCUGAUGAACCACUAUGGCGGCGACUUGACUAGGUCCUUGUUUCAGUUUUGGGAAACAAAGCCCUUGGGCGACGAGGGUUUUUACUGGUUAAAGUACCAGUUGGCGUCCUUGUUCAAGCCAGGGCAAGAAUCCAAGUGUGAGGAAUUUUGCGAAAAGUACAGACUUGAGAUUGUGGAGUCUGCUGCAGAUCCGUUGAAAUGCGAUUGGUGGUUGAAAGCAGAUAAGCCUUUCCAAGUGCUAUCCGUGUGCUUUGAGAUUGCAAAAGUGUGGCAGCAUGAAAGCAAAGGUGGCAGUGUCGGAGAUUAUCGAUGCCGCUUGCCCAUUCAUCAAGACGGUUCGUGCAAUGGGCUUCAGCAUUACGCGGCGUUGGCUGGUGAUGAGUUGGGUGGGAAAUCGGUCAACUUGCUACCGCUGGAUGUGAAACAGGAUAUCUAUACCGAGGUGAGGGAUGUUGUCGAGAGGAAGAUUCGUGAAGAUAUAGUGGCAAAUGCAAAGGCCAAGGACCUGGACUUGAACCUGGACUCGGACCUGGACUUGAAUGGUAUCAAUGUCGAUCUCUUGCUCCGGAUAUUGGACCGGAAAUUGGUGAAACGGCCCGUGAUGACCACCGUCUACGGCGUCACGAGCUACGGUGCCAUCGACCAAAUAAAAGCACGCAUAAAGGAGAUGAUCACCGACCACGAGCAGAACCCAAGCCGAGCGGACAAAUACAGCGACCACGAAAUCGCUGCGCUUAAAUCGCUCAACACCCAAACUAUAGCCUACUUGGUCUCCCGAAUCUUCUCCGCCAUCAACGAGCUUUUCGUGAACGCAAUGAAGAUUGAGCACUGGCUCGUGAACACGGCGAAUAGGAUCAACACCAGCUACAACGUCAAGACUAUAGACUACUUGUCGUCUCUCAAGUCCACGAGCCUAAAAAAAAAAUACUUUACAACGGCACCAGUCAACUAUUCGCCCAUAAGUUGGAUUUCACCCGCGGGGUUCCCCGUAGUUCAAAUCUAUAGAAACCUCGCUCAGAGUUCAACACGCGGCGCACUUGGCGUUUCAACACGCGUGGACACUGAUCAAAUUGCCCCCAUGGACCGACGUAAGAAUGAGCUUGCUAUUGCUCCCAAUUUCAUCCAUUCGUUGGAUGCAAGCCACAUGAGCAUGACUUGUGAUGUUGCUGCUCUGCUGGGGCUUGUGUUUGCCUCGAUCCACGAUUCGUACUGGACGCAUGCGUGCGAUGUGAAGCAGUUGAGCGCGUUGCUCCGCGAGCGGUUUGUGGCAAUGUACCUGUUUGACUACAUGGCGUGCAUCAAGCGGGAUUUCGAGAACCAAAUGAAGAACUCUUACCAGUUGCUCUUCUUUUACGAAGAAGACAACAAGGAGCUAUGGCAGGAAAUCAAGGAGUUGAGAAAGACUUACAGGGAGAGGAAAUUAGUUGAUCAGUUGGAGACGGAGUUGAGACAAUUGGACGCUGUGGGGUAUGGGAACCACAAGGUGCUGAAGUUGCUUGGUAAGUUCAAGCCGGUGUUGUACCACAAGGUGGGCACCAAGAUCUACGAGUAUUUUGCAAAGGACGCGGCGAAUCGGGUAAAGGACGGAAAGAAGAGCAAGAAGGUGCCUGUGUUUGUCCCAGCUCGAGUCAUGGACCUCCCCGUGCGAGGCAAUCUAGACAUCACCCAAGUUGCACAGAGCAGGUACUUUUUUUCCUAA